AAAGGAUAUACAUUCUCGUGUGAAUGUGCUGAUGGUUUUAAAGGCAAAACCUGUGAAGUUGGAGUUUGUGAUCAUUCCCCUUGCAAAAAUGGUGCCCAAUGUCUUUUUGAGGGCAAUUCAUACAAAUGUAACUGUCCUCCUAACUUUGUUGGAUUUCACUGUGAAAAGGAGCUUCCAAGUCCUUGCAAGCCAAAUCCAUGCAAAAAUGGUGGACAAUGCAACGUAUUUGGCAACAGUUACACGUGUAAGUGCAAGCCUAAGUUUGGCGGUAACAACUGUGAACAUUCUGAAACGUCAUGUUAUGCUUCUGGUGAUCCUCAUUACACCUCAUUUGAUGGCAAAAGAUUCGAUUUCAUGGGAGACUGUGAAUACGUGUUUGCAAAAGACUGUAGCAAAGACAAACUUUUUGAAGUCCGUACUAAAAACGUUAUUUGUGGAAAGAGUGCGACCUGUACAAAAUAUGUCAGCAUCAUUAUAGCUGGAAACUCAAUUUUGAUGACACGUCAGCGUGGUACAGCAGUUGUAAAUAGGGUUAGGCUGUCAAAGUUCCCAAUAAUCCGUCCCGGAUUCGAAAUCACCAAUCCCAGUAGGAGUUCGCUGAUUGUUAAAACUCACAUCGGAGUAUCAGUGAGUUGGAACUUUUGGAUGAAUGUAAAGGUCACAGUUUCUGGUAAAUACAAGGGAAAGUUAUGCAACACAUCUCUAUGUGGCAACAACAAUGGUGAUAAAAAUGACGACAUUCACUACAGUAAAAGAUGUGCUCCACCACCAGCAGUGUGUAUUCCUGAUUCCAAAAAGAAAGCAGCGAUGAAUAAAUGUCACUUGAUGAGCGAUAUUAGCUCUCCGUUCUACCGUGCAUGUAAUCGAUUUAGUAGCGCGGAAACUUUGAUCAGUAAUUGCAAAUAUGACGCAUGUCGUUGCAUCGAUCCAAUGAAAUGUGUUUGUAACGCUUUUGCUGCUUACAGUAAACUUUGUGUUGAAUAUGGUGGUGUUCUUGACUGGAGAUUCAAUGGAACUUAUUUGUAUCCAAAACUCAAAGAAUGUGAACAAACAUGCAGCAACAAAGAAGAAAUUUUCACAGAAUGUGGAUCUGCUUGUGCAAAAACAUGUCGUGAUAUAUCACGUGGUCUAAACUGCAGUGAAACCUGCAUUCCCGGUUGUUAUUGUCCCAAAGGAUCUUACUUGGAUGACAAGAAUCAUUGUGUUCCUGUGAAGAAAUGCCCAUGUUUCUUUGAAGGAAAGUAUUAUAAAGCUGGCGAAAAUGUCAAAGUUGGACGAUGUAAAACAUGUACGUGUAAUAUGGGAGCUAUGGCUUGUGUCAAAGAUCGAAAAUGCUCCACUAAUGGUCCUUGUGAGUCUUUCCCUUGUAAAAAUGACGGUGCUUGUAGCGAGAAUGGGAAUAGUUUCAUUUGUACUUGUACCAAAGAAUAUAAAGGAAAAACAUGUGAAGUUCCAGUACCAACACCGUGUGACUCGCGUCCUUGUAAAAAUAACGGUAUUUGUACAAACAACGGAAGUACAUUUUCGUGCGAAUGUGAUUAUGGUUUUGAAGGCAAAACGUGCGAAGUUAUGAAUCCAUGUGCAAAACAACCAUGUAAAAAUGACGGUGUUUGUAAAACGAAUGGAUCUUCUUAUCAAUGUGAAUGUAAAUUUGGUUUCAGAGGAAAGACUUGCCAAUAUAUUGAUGCUUGUACUAAAAAUCCAUGUAAGAAUGGUGGUACUUGUACAAAUGUUGGAUCUUCUCAUCAAUGUAAAUGUACAUCUGAUUUUACUGGAAAGAAUUGUGAGGUCAGUGCUUUACCUGUCUGCACUAAUGCAGAUUGGACGAAAUCUUUUAACAAAAAGGGAUGGUCAAAAUGUCGUACCAAAAAUAAUUUUAUCACUGGCUUAUAUCGCAGCAGAUAUACCAGAAGAUUUGAUAGAAUUUCCCGUCUAGAGCAUGCAAAAUGCUGCACAUCUCAUCCAAAAUAUACUGCACAAAAAAGUAUAUGCGUAAAUGGUAACUGGUGGAAUUCUUUCAACAGAAAAGGCAAAUGGAGUGUUUGCCCAAGAGGCUAUUUUCUAAAUGGUCUCUAUCGUUCUCGUGGUAACCGAUUACGCAACAUCGAGGCAGGAAAAUGUUGCAAACCUGUGAAUCCUCCCAACAAAUAUGGUUCUUGUCAUUAUCAAUAUGUCAAAUACAAAUUAAGCAAGAAAGGUUGGGUGACAUGUAAUGGAAAGAAAUUCUACAUCACUGGGUUCAAAAGAGAUUGUCGUGGCAGUUGGCUUCACGACAUUGCUGUUUUCAAAUGCUGUGAAAUGUGGACUGCUUGAAGCUCUUUAGCAUCUCCUCAAUUAAUCGAAAGGAAAGUUUUGCUCUUAGGAAAAAAGCGAUAGCCGAAGUUGCUUAUAGAAAGAAUUUGUUUAGAUACUUACUUAGCAUAUUGUUCAAUAAAAAUUUGCAGAAAAAAAAA